CGGGAAAGGUGGGAGCUUCGGUCGGCGGGGCAGCUUGGCCCUUUCCAUUCGCCGUCUUGCACAUCGGCCAAAAUUAUCGGCCUGAGUCAACAUACCUCCAAGUUGAUUACGGAUAUUUGCGGCGCAACAAGGCCCUAUUCAUAGACCCGACUUGCCCAUUAUUCUUUUCUUUACCUUCCCAAGAGGGCCGAACAAGUCUACAGACAAUCUCAUUCAUCCUCGCUUAUCCCGUACAUUGAUUGUUCCUGCGUUUCAUCCAUCUUCGAUCAUUUUCUUUCAGGAAGGAACAGAAAAGGGUGCCCGCUGCAUUUGUGCACUGUACCCCGCCAACGUCAUCUUGGACUUUUGGUUCCCUGCGACGCGCUAGGUUCUGCACCGAGCUACACCAACGCCUCGACGUUGAAUACCUCACACAGGACAUAGCCAGCACUGAUUACUAGAACAUGUCGCGUGCCUUUGGAAAAGGCGGCCGAUCGUCGGGCGCAAGAGGCUUCGCCAGCCCUGCUAGCGGUUUCGGUGGCUUCUCAUCAGCCGGCAGCGGCCUCUCCUACCUUGCCGAGCCCCCCGACCUGACCUCCAUCUCCGAUGCGAACGUUGUUGUUUCCUUCAAGAAUACGCUCAAGAAAGAUGCUACAACAAAGGCAAAGGCGCUGGAGGACCUCCUGGCUUACGUACAGGCUCACCCAUUCGAGAAGGACGGAGGCGUAGAAGAGGCAGUCUUGGAAGCAUGGGUGCGUUGUUCCCGGGAGAUGCGUUUUGAUGAUCAUGUGGUAAUGUAUGUAACAGACAAUUCCCGUCGUGUGCGCGAACUCUCCCACACGCUGCAAUUCGAGCUGAUGAAGUCGGCCCGGAAGCGCAUGGAAAAGAAUGUUCCCAAGGUCGUAGGCACCUGGCUUGCCGGCCUGUACGACAAGGACAGAGUUGUUUCUAGGGCUGCAAAUGAUGGUCUCUCCUCAUUUCUCAACAGCCCAGAAAAGACUGUGUUGUUCUGGAAAAAGUGCCAGUCGCAGAUUCUUACCUAUGCGAAGGACGCCAUCCAAGAAACAAAGGACACCCUCAGCGACGAGAGAUCGACGACGCCCGAUGAUGCUGACGCCAAAUACCUCCGGGUCGUGGGAGCUAGUAUUUCACUCGUUCUCGGCCUUUUGCAGAAGCUCGAACCUGCCGACAUUCAGAAAGAAGAAGAGGUAUACGAUGCUUUCCUCGCGGAGGAGAAGGUCUGGAAGAGCGUGGUCAUGGGCGAUGCCUCCGUCAGACGCGUAGCCUGCCAACUGCUAUGGGCGUGCCUUGACAAGAGGCCGGAGUCGGUCUCUUCUCAGAUCUCUCGCCUUAAAAAAAACUUCAUCGCAGAGGGACUCAAGAGCAGCCAAACCGGGUCCGCUAUCGAAUAUGUCAGAGUCCUCACAAAAUUGACAAGCAGGUUUCCCGAGGUCUGGACGAGCUCCAGUGAGAAAAAGACUCCUAUAACCAGGUUGAAUGGCUUUCUGGAAAGAGGGUCUCACAGCAGCCCUGCCAAGUACUGGGAAUAUCUCGAAGAACUCAUCAAGGCUAUUCCGGCUGACCAUUUCACUACCGAAGCCUCCACGAAUGCUCUUAAGUCAAUGAGGACCGGCAUUACAAGUAGGGAGGAGCCUAGAAUGAAUGCCGCUCUGGCCUGGACGUGCUACGUUCACACAACCAAGCACUUCCUGCAAAACUUCCCCUCGGAUGGCCCGCGAGCUACCUUGCUUCAGGAGCAUCUAUUCCCCAUACUUGAGCACUUUCUCUUCCCCACCCCCGAAACCUCUGCAUGGGAGAUCGGCGGUACUGGACAACUUAUUGUUCUUGGAGAAGUCUACAAAGUUGCUGCUGACUCGUCAUCUCCCGACUUGCUUCAGGCAACAUCCGAGAAGCUGGAAGCCUUUGCGUCUGCAUUCUGUACGAGGAUAUCCAACUCGCUACCCGAAGUUUCAAAGGACUAUGAAAAGUCCCAAGAGGCUGUUUCUGCCGAGGGCAAGCGCUGGUUCACUUUGGUCAGCCAAGUCCAGAAGACUGGCCAAUCGCCCAUGGGUCUCCUUUUGGGUCCUUCAAAGGCCAUCAUCAUGAGCAGCUUGAAUCUGCUUGCCAACAGGAAUCUCAAGCCUUACGGAGCUGCCGGGGUAGUCUACAGCGUUGGAAAAAAUGCCCCACAAGUAUGGGAUGACGUAGACGCUGCCCAGGCUUUGGAACAGUUCCUCUCAACACAGGGCCGAGACCACAUGGCAGUCUUGGUUGCUUCUCGGUCUGCUGCUGACCUUCUGAACUGCGUGAACGUUAUGGGCACGUUAAAGGGACAUGAGGCAGCUUAUGCGACCAUAUGGAAGACCUGGAUAGGUGCUUUGCUAGAUCUCUCCGAGGAGAAGUUGGCAACUAGAGGUAUUGAGCGUCUGAUUGCGAAUCAGCAAGCAUCGAAGCUUUCCAAGUCACACGAGAAACUCCAAAUUUUCCUUGAGGCAAAGUGCUCCAGCACAGCCCGCGGCGAGUCCGAUUCUUGGAGUCUCUUUGAGGCGGCCCUCGGCAACGAUGCCUUGACAGAAUCCACGGCCAAACAACUGUUGGACAACAGCAUAUCUACCCUGUCACAAGACAAGCAACACUCGAUCCAAGCUCUUCGGGCGUUGGAGAUACUUUCGAACAAUAAGCCUGGGCUCUUAUCACAGGACGAGUCGACGCACAUGGCAGUUGUCACCCAGUUGCUGGGACUCGCCGAACUCAACGACAAAGCAGUUUCGUCUCGUGCCAUGUCGUUGAGAGCUCUACUGGAAAUACCCACCGAUGGCAUCUCGCCGGUAGUCGCCAUCAUCCAGAGGAACCUAGAGGAAGCCGGCCCCCAGUCACUUGGUAUUGAAACUUUGGUUCAGCAGGCCCUGCAAGCUGUUAAGGCAGGGUCUAUCAGCACGGAAGAUCUCUUCCCGAGCACAAAUGUCUGGAUGCAGCAGCUAUCCAACUUUCUCCAAGGUUCUCUCAACCCGUCACUCUCAAUUACCAGCGGACUGGGAGGCGCACACUUCUUGAUCCAGCCUACUGAGCAAGAACAACGUAUUCGCGUGCGCAGAGAUCGUGACGGUUACUCUGUCCCUGCCAGAAUGGCCUCGUACACGUCCAGACUCUUGUCCUCGGACAUAUCUGUCUCGGCCCUGCCAGAGAGCUUUCAGGCUGAGCUCCUCUAUCUUCUCUGUGUCUCAGUUCAGAUGGUGUCGGACCAGAUCACCCUAAUGGAUGAGAACAAGCUAUUCCUUGAUCUCAGCCUGGGAGACACCCUUGCGACGGCCGAGUCGUUUGUUUCGUCGACCCGCGCGACGAUUAACGCUAUAGCUGACGAAGCCAAGGGAUGGAGAGAUGGCUCUGAAACUGGCUCAACGAAGCUUAUCAAUAGCCUCAUCGCCAUCAUGACGCAGGAGACCAAGGAGCUCACCGUGCUCGGGGUCUACAGCUCUAGGGCGCUGAGUGAGCUCGUACAGACUUUGACCGAGAACCAUGGCUUCCCCGCUGCUGGCGACGAGAAGGUGGGCCAGUUGGCCACAUUCAAGGCUACGCCGCCUACGGUUCUUGCAGCAACGGCAGUGCUCGCCGGCUUUGGUGAGAGCUUGGAAUCGUCUAAGGCUGUCAACAUGCUUUGCAACCGUCUUAUCAGUGAUAUCGCAGGAGCCUCUGUGGAACCCGAGAAAGCCGAUAAGACGCUGCAGGUUCUGGUUCUUCUCAACGCAUGUCUACAAGUCUACGAGGUCGGUGAGAUCCCCGUGGCUAAUAACCGUAUCGUCUUUGCCGUUCGACAGAUCACAUCCUGGAUGGAUGAUACCCUCAACCUCACCCCCGCUCUGUCGGCAGAGAUUUGUCGGGCGCUGCAGAAGCUGCUGCCGAGCAUGAAGGACGUGUACGGCUCGUACUGGGAGAAGACGAUCGAGUUUUCAACUGCACUAUGGGCCAAGGCGUCAGAUGACCGCCUCGACGACUCGCUUCCUUACAUUCACGCGUCCUUGAAGCUCAUGACUACCUUGGAGACCUUGUCAGAGCCGAAUGAUGACCUGGUGGAGGCUCUCAAGGAGUUCGCCGAGACCAAGUCUCUGUCGCUUAUUGAGCUCCUCAAGCUAGACCGAGAGAAGAGCACCCAGCCUCUAGAGAUCGUCGACGCCAUCAUUUGCAGGCAGGUCAACAAGAUUCCCCUGAAGCAUAUCAGCGAUCUCUCGGAUCUCUACGGUCUCAUCUCUACCGACUCUCGGUCCAUCCAGACUGCCGCCUUCAACCUCCUCCACUACGCCCUGCCGGCGCGACAAGAGGAGCUCUCGGUCAGCGUCCUCCUCGAUAAGACCGAUGCCCGUCUCCCCGACGAGCUUCUGUCUCUCCUCCUCGACGCGCCCACUCUCGAGCGCUACCCGGAUGAGGUCCUCGCCCAGUUUCCUCUUGCCAUUCGUUCCUACCUUCUCUCAUGGCACCUGAUCUUCGAUGCCUUCAGCACCGCCUCGCUCAAGGUUCGCAACGACUACACCGAGCACCUCAAAACGGAGAACUAUCUCGCCCAGCUCCUCGACUUCACCUUCGACGUCUUGGGCCACUCGGCCGCGCACCCGCUCAAUCUCGAACGCGAGAACCUGAAGACGCAGCACAUCACCUCCUACGACGUCUCCCUCGCCGAUGCUGAAUCCGACGAGCGCAACCUACAUUGGCUGCUCGUGCACCUAUACUACCUUACGCUCAAGUACACACCCGGCAUCUUUAAGACGUGGUACCUCAACUGCCGCUCCAAACAGACGCGUAUCGCCGUGGAGGGGUGGAUGACGCGCUACUUCUCGCCCAUCAUCAUUUCGGACGCGCUCGACGAGGUCUCGGCGUGGGCCGCGACCCAGGAGCCGCCCGUUGACGACGAGAAAGAGCUCGUCGUCAAGGUCAGCAAGACGGGCAAGGAGAUCACGGCUGGCUACGAGGUAGAUGAGAGCAUGGCGUCUAUCGCCAUCAAAGUCCCCGCGAGCUACCCGAUCGAGGGUGUCAGCGUCGUAGGCAUUAACCGUGUCGCGGUGAACGAACGCAAGUGGCAGAGCUGGCUGCUCACGACGCAGGGCGUCAUCACAUUCUCGAACGGAAGCAUCAUCGACGGACUCUCGGCCUUCCGACGCAACAUCGUCGGCGCCCUCAAGGGCCAGUCCGAGUGCGCCAUCUGCUACUCCAUCAUCUCGACCGACAAGAAGAUGCCCGACAAGCGAUGCCAGACGUGCAAGAAUCUCUUCCACCGCACCUGCCUGUACAAAUGGUUCCAGAGCAGCAACCAGAACACGUGCCCGCUUUGCCGUAAUCCGAUCGAUUAUCUGGGCUCGGAUACCAAGGCGCGCAGGGGUGCCUGA